CAAUUAUAAGAUUCUUCUUUCGUUUUCAAAACAGGAAAUCAUUCAUUUGAUAAUCCCUUGUUUUUAUCCUUAGUAACCUUCAAAAUUGCAGAAAACAACUGUUACAACUUAAAUGAGUUUAAAAGUAAAUUGAAGUAUGUCACUGCACGGCACUUGUGUAUUUAGGGUUUUAAGAUGUACUCGGUCAGAUAUAUAUAAUCGACUAAAACUGUUACAUCGAUUUUCUACAUCAACAUGUUAUGGUACGGCUAAAAAAGAGGACAUAAAUCUUGAUGACAAUCCAUCAUCAAAGUCUGUACAGGGACCUGUGGAAGAGGUUGCAGACAUAAAAAUAAGCCAAGAUGUUGCCUUUACUGAGUCCUUACAACCAGUGCGACGUCCAACAAACUUAGACAAGAUCUGUCUCCUUUGGGCAGGGAAAUACAAAACAAGAGAUGACAUACCCGAGUUUGUCAAAAUGAAUCUGAUUGCAUCCGCUCAGAAUUACAUGAGGGUCGUUGUGAUGAUCUGGUUGAUUGUAACCUUCACCGUAGGAUUUUACACAAUAGGCAGAUUUGGACAGAGGAAACUAAAUCUUUUGUAUGACGAUGUUGCAACAAAGCAAAAUCAGAUAUGGGUGCGUAAAAACAAGAUAGCCGAUGAUGAGUAUGCUCUUAAGAAACAGAAAGAACGGGAAGAGAAAGAGAGGCACAGCAGUUAGUGAAAACUGAGGCUUCUAAGUCCUUGUAGUUACCUGAAUUGUUACCUUUGUGGUUAACUGCAUUGUGCAUGGAUGCAGCUGUGAAAUCUGUGUUGGUUAAAUGUUGUUCUAUAUUUAUCUUGUGUUAAAUGGAUGCAUUUUAUACAAAAAAUUUGAUUUGGUACAGUUCGGAUUUAGCACUUUUACAUCGGCAAUCUUAAAAUUGCAGUCAUUUACUAUUAUUUUCAUCAUAUUAGAUUUUUAUGGAAAACUUCAUGAUCCAAUACUUAAAAAAAGAUCACAUGAUCAAGCCUUUUCCUUGCCUUUUUGGGAAAAAAUCAAAUACAUGUAGCAGAAUUGAAAAAAUUUUUGUGUGAAAAGUCCAUUGAUUUGGGGAAAAUACAUUUUAUAAAAAAAAAAUAUUUUAUUUAUUAAUUCAAACUAGAAGAAUAAGAUCAUAUAAGUUAUAAAGUAUAGUUAUAUUAUUUGUUAAUGUUAAUGAAUUAGACAUUUCUUUUUUAGAUUCUUUUGGGGGGGGGAAAUAUUGGAAAAUUUUCACCAUUUUGCUCUGGAAAUGCUUCCGUUUAACUGACUUGUAGAAACGCCAGGAAAAGGUCUGUACAUUAUUAUUGUUGACAAGAUAAUUUGUAUUAUAAUUAAAACACACACAUACAGAUUUUGCGAGCUUGUUUUUUGUAGGCAAAAUAUUUGCUGUCUUUCUUGAUAAUAAAAACAGUUUUUAAUGUAUCACUUUUAAGUGGCAUCUUACAUGUACAUGUGUAUAACAUAUUGUUUCAUGGUUACAGUAUCCUAACAUGGUGCUGAUUCAUAUUGCGACCAUUCCCCGUUUACAAUUUCAAAUAGUGCGUACUGAUUAAGAAAUCACAGUUAAUAAACAAAGUUGGUUGCAAAGUUUAAGUAGUUUAAUAAAUGUUUGUGUUGUAUUGCUCUGAGGAUUAUUAUGUUGCAGUGUUUGUCUAAAAAAAUAAGCCACCUUUAACCCUUAAAGAACCCACUCAGAAGCAAAGUGAAAAAUGGCUAUAUUCAAACAGCAUUAAACCAGAACAGCCUGGGAGAAAAUCACAGUCUGUUCAGGUUUUAUGCUGUUUGCUGCUAAUCGGUAUCUAAGGGUUGGAAAUGAAGCCUUUAAAAUUUGAAUAUAGUAAAAAAAGGUUUUUAAUACCAUUUACCAUUUAACUUUCUAAGGGACUACACAUACGUCAAAAUACGUUUCUGAGUGGUUGAGGGUUAAAGGCAUUCAUAGGAAGUUGGUCAUGUCAGCAUUGUUACACUAUUAUUUGAUUAUGUAUAGCUAAAAGAAAGUACUAUAUACUCAUGAACUUAUUUGGUUCUGGGCUCGAAACUUGACUGGGCUUAAGUUCUAAAGAAGUUUGCAUGACUGAGUAAUCAACCAUUAAAAGUUGGUAUGUCUCCCUCUAUGAUGGUCAAAAUUGACAUUUGACCUAUAAUAGUGACCUUGAAGUUCAAGGUAGAGAAAUUCUGCCUGCAAAUAGUUCACAUUUGUGUUAAAUAUUAUAUUAUAAUAUAUAUAAUUGCAUAAUGAAUAGUUAAGUUAAAGUCUGGACCAAAUGUUUUAUGGCUAAUUUUACUUUUUACCUUGACUUUUGAACUAUUGAUUUGUUAACCCUUACAAUGCGGGAACCGAAUUUUGAAGGCCUUUGCAAACAGUUUGGAUCCAGAUGAGACGCCACAGAACAGGGCGUCUCAUAAGGAUCCAAACUGUUUGCUAUUCUGAUAGUAUUCUUUGAAAAAAAUCGAAGAAAAUGCGAAUUUUAGAAAUUCAGCAGACGACAUUUUAGCAGACGACAAAUUUCCCAGCAUGCAAAGGGUUAAUUGGUGACAUGAUGUCACAACAUAAUGAACAUAAGUUGAAAACUAUUUAAAAAUGGCUUGAUGAAUGAUGAAGUUACAGUCUGGACUAGCUGUGUUAUGACUUAAUUUAAACUUCAACCUCAAAGUGUGGCCAUUACAAUUGAUGUAUAUUUAAGAGACUUGUUAUGUUCUCAUGAUUAACAUUGUGGUGAGUUGUGUGUUGUUGUUUUUUUAAUUGCAAUAUGAGUUGUGAAAUGACAGUCCAGACUAGAAUUUUAUGGCUUAAUUCCACUUUUGACCUUUAAAUGUGAACUUUGAGUUAGGAAGACGUAUUGCAUGGGGCACGCCACUUCCUCAGACUGGUAAUUUGUGGAAAGUUUUGUUGAAAUUGCUUGAUGAAUGAAAUGUUUACAAUAUUGAUCAGAUGACCUUUGACCUCCGAGUGUGACCUUGAGCCUGGUUUUGUAUGCAACAUGCAGUCUCCUUUUGAUGGUAAUUUGAAAAUUGCAUAAUUUAUGACAUAUUUACAGUUAAAAACAAGAGAUGUGUUUGUCAGAAACACAAUGCCCCCAAAUGCGCUGCUUUAAUUUUAUUUUUUUACAUUUGACCUUAAAGGAUGAAUUUGACCUUGACCUUUCACCACUCAAAAUGUGCAGCUCCAUGAGAUACACGUGCAUGCCAAAUAUCAAGUUGCUAUUAUCAAUAUUGCAAAAGUUAUGACCAAGGUUAAAGUUUUGGGACACAUACAAUGAAUGACUGACUGACUGACACAGUGACAGACAGACACACAGACAGGCCAAAAACAAUAUACCCCUGACCUUUUGAUCAUCUUUGCCCAAAUGUAACCUUUUACUUUGACCUUUGAUAAAUGGAGACGGGUUUUAAAACAUCACACUUUGUUUUAUGAAAGAUAACAAAGUUACAGACCAGCUUGGACCCAUGCCCAUAUACACUUGACCAUGGUGACUGCUAUAUCAAGCUGGACAAAAAUGUUGAUGUGUGACAAAAGCUUUGACACAACAUGCUUAUUUGAUGAAAGCUCAACAGGCUUAUUUCAUGAAAGCUUAAUAUUUAAUGAAUAAGGAUAUAUAUUUUCCACUCUGUGUAUGUAUUAUUUUACACCAUAUGAACACAUUGUAAACAAACAUAUAAUAGUGUGUAGAGAGAAUGUUGUUGAACAUUUGGUGCAUAUAUGUGUACAUGUUUAUACAUAAUGGUGUUUUGACUGCUAGUUGUGAGGUUUCCUAACGUAGGGUUUCAUGAAAAGUUAGUGCAUUUUGUAAAUUGUGUUGUCAUGGAUUGAAAUGUGUAUACUAAAAGUUGUUAAUUUAAGGAUCCAUUUUGUUGCCAUUA